CAAAGAUAAGAACAAGCGGAACCUUGCGGAACCGAACGCAAUCGAUCAACGCAGCGAUCACUCAUGAAAACACCAAGAGAUGCAAUGGAGGCUCACUCUAGGAACCAGGAUUCCAAGGACAAAGAGGUUCGGCAGGUCAACUCGUCGGGUCAAGUCAAGUCGCAUGUCGCACGAAGUGCAUUUUCCACAGGACAACGUAUUACAAGUGACCGAUUGUCUCCGACACUGUCACAUUUACAUGCGCUGCACGGUGGUGGCCUGGUGGGGCUGCGGGACCUCCGCGGGACCCCCGCGGUGGGUGGUGGGGGAGCCACCCUGCGGCAGCAUCACUCCUGGGCCUGCCCCGUGGCCCUGGGCACGGUGGGCCAAAUUCAAUUGCAGAUGGUUGCUCGGGGCGCUGUCCCAGCCCCUGGCUAG